AUGUCUAUUUUCUGUAAUCUAUUUAGUCAGAAAAGAAGUGUCUAAUAAUCAUGAAGCGAGGCUCACUGAUAUUGCUCUUACUUGUUGUCGGCGUGUGCGGUACGUUAGGUGAAAAAGUGCGUUUCGAUAGCUAUCGUGUCUAUGAAGUGUCUAUUGAGAACGAUGAGCAACUCCAAGUGCUGCAAUAUUUGGAACAGUUCUCGGAUGGUUACUCGUUCUGGGAGUCUCCAGUACAAACAAACAUGAAUCUCAGGAUAGUAGUUCCUCCACAUAAGGUCGGAGAUUUUGGAGAAAUAACGGAACGGCUCCAAAUGAAAAAUACCUUAAUGGUCCAGAAUCUUCAAGAAUUGGUUGACAAUGAGCAACCACAGCGUAGUAAACGUGCUGGUUUCGACUGGACUAGCUAUCACACCCUGGAUGAAAUUUACGAAUGGUUCGUUGAACUGGUUGAAACUUAUGGUUCUAUACUCACAAUUGAAUCUUACGGUUAUUCUCACGAAGAACGUGAAAUGAAAGCCAUCAAGUUGUCCAAAAAUACCGGAAAUCCAGGCGUGUUCAUAGAAUCCAACAUCCAUGCCCGCGAGUGGAUUACAUCUGCUACUGUCACAUGGAUUCUGAACGAACUGUUAACAUCCACCGAUCCUGCUGUUCAAGAUCUAGCCGACAACUAUGACUGGUAUAUCCUACCAGUUGUUAAUCCUGAUGGCUUAGCUUACACCAAAGAUGUCAACCGAAUGUGGCGUAAAAACCGCUACCCCCACUCUAUUCUAUGUUACGGAGUAGACAUGAAUAGAAAUUUCCCAGGGCAUUGGAUGGAGGGAGGAGCUUCCAGUAAUCCAUGUAGUGAUACGUAUGCUGGACCUCUGCCGGGAUCGGAAAUUGAAACGCAAAAUGUUAUCAAUUACUUCCUAAAGUACAAAGACCAAGUUGAAAUUUUCCUAUCUUUCCAUUCAUAUGGACAGUACAUGUUGUUCCCAUUCGGCUAUGAAGGUGCUGAAAAAUCGGAACGCUACUACGACUGGAUGGACAUGGCCGAGUCUGCUGCUAUUGCACUCAGCCAGAGAUACGAGACCUUAUAUCAAUUCGGAACGACCUCGGAUGUGCUUUAUAUUGCCUCCGGUUCGUCACCUGAUUGGGCUCAUGGGGAACAGGGCACUCCGAUUGCAUUGACAUAUGAGUUCCGCGAUAAAGGAGCCACCGGAUUCAUCUUGCCCGCCGAACAGAUCAUUCCAAAUGCCCAAGAGGUACUGGACUCGCUAGUUGCUUUCUUCCAAACAGGCAAGCUGUUGGGAUAUUUCCAGCGCAGCGCCAGCGCUAAGUGAACAAUUGCCGCAUUCAAAGUGACAAGCCGAAAUGAGAUAAGAUUAGACUGUCGGUGCAUGCCGAAUCGAUAGACAACUUUACUCGUCGUAAAAAUAGGAGGAUUACAAAUGAUGUGAAUGCAUUGUUUUAGACAAUCGUCGAUAACCACUCAUAGCGGCAAUAAAUGAUGUCUAUUUUA